CUUUCUCAAUAUAAUGUAGCAUUAUUCCAUUUAGUAAACCAUGCAUGGUUUGAAGCUUUAUUACUCUUAUCUGCUGGUUCUGUAAUUCAUGCAAUGAAUGAUGAACAAGAUUUAAGAAAAUUUGGUGGUUUAGCUAAUUUAUUACCAUUCAUAUAUUCUAUGAUGGUAAUUGGAUCUUUAAGUUUGAUAGCUUUACCAUUCUUAACUGGAUCCUAUUCUAAAGAUUUAAUUAUUGAAUUAGCUUAUGGACAUUUCAGUUUCUCAGGUAAUUUAGUAUAUUGGUUAGCAACUGUUGGACUACUUGUACCAGUGUUUUGA